GGCCGCCAUCUUCACCGUUACGCCGCCGCCGACGCGCACAAUAAUAGCGGUUAAAUACAAGUAGCAAUAGUACGAGGUUAGUCCUGCACCAAUUUUCCGGCGAAAUACAAGCUCCGUCCGGCAAUAACAAUCAAUUUCACCGGUACUAAGAUUAGAACUUGGAACGUUGUUAUGGAGGCUAGUAUUCCACCGAAGCGGCGGCGAAAGGUCGGUUAUGCCGAACCAUGCUCCGAACCAGUGCCAAUUAAGAAGAAAAGGAAGGAGAGAAGCACCGAUAGUGUUGAACAAGUGCGGAAAGACAAAAAGGUUACUCGUGUACACCAAUCGGAUAGAGAGAGCGAAAUCAAAGAGAGUUCGUCGUGGAAUAGUUUGCAGUUGAUUUUGUCGCUACAAGAUAAAAACAUCGACCUUAUAAAGAAGGUCGAUGUGGCGUUUGAUUAUGUGAAAUCAAACAGUAUUGAGGAGAUGGAUGAUACUCGUCAGACCUUGCAGGUAAUAAGUACGUCAAGGACAAUAGUUUUCCUCAAUGAUUGGGUUCAGUCAGUUCUCAUAUCUUCCGAAAAGAAGACGAAACUUGAAGAAAAGAAACCUGAGUUUGGAGCUUCUGGUUCAGUUUUGGAUCUUAAGUGCUGGAAGAUUUUUCAUUUCUGCUUGGAGAAGUCGAAAACCUUUCAUCUUCAAUUGAUAUGUUAUAAGGACUUGUUACGGGUGAUUCAUUCCAUUACAAUGGACGCAUCAUCUAAUCUAAAUAACAUGUCCUUAUGUUGUGAGGGAACAUCAGUCGAGCGACUGCAACUUUAUGAAGUUGCCCUUGAUUGUAUCUCAUUGGUCUUCUCAUCCCAUGGUGGAGUUGCAAAUCAGAAUAUGGACUUGUGGAUUUUGCUCAUGGAUAAAGUGCUUGAACUCGUAUUGGAAGUUGUUAAAAUGCAGCUCGAGAGCAGCAAGCUAGGCUAUUUCGUCUUGCAGUUAUCGUGCUGUUUGUUUGAGCCAUUUGCCAAGUUUUUGAGGCUUCAUCCAACACGUAAAAACAAUUUCCAUAAUUUCAUUGAUAAGCUUCUUGUGCCACUUCUGCACUCGUCACAUGUGCUACAUUCUAGUUCUUGGGGCAGUAGCAUCGAAUGGACGAAUUUACCUAAACUGAUUGAAGAAGUUUUAGCUCAGGGGCUGUUCCACCCAACUCACAUUGACGGAUUUCUCAACCUACAGAGUAGUAAUAGAUAUAGAAAUUCUUCUGAAGUGACAGCAACAGUGAAGGAGGAAAAAAUUGCGAUUAAAAGUUAUCAUAGACACCUAUUCGAUAAGGUGGAGAAGAUGAUAGCUGAGAAGAAUGGAUCGCCAUUAAUUGGUCUAGCGGAGCUGCUUCACUUGUUUGUUAGUUCCGUUACGAAGCACAAGGGAGUUUUAGUCGACGGAGGAGAUUCUAAGCAAUCAGAAGUGUCGUCAAAAAAGAUUUCUGUAAGUCAUAGCAUGGAAGCAGAACUGCGGAAAUCUAUCCUUGAUUAUUUUGUACAGAUUCUAGAAUAUCUAUUAGAAUAUCUCAAUAAAUAUCUUCAAUCAGAUGGUGAAGCAGUGUCGUUGUUUAAUGUUUCCAGCACAAUAAGAUCCAUUAAUAACUUACUCGCCAGCUUCAUUAACGAUAAGCUAUAUCUAAGAACAGAGGAUACGUCUGAAGGGGCUGCCAUGAAUUUUCUGAAGUUAAUCUAUGACACGCUCAUGUCAAUCUCUUCUAAAAUUUCCCAUAAAAAAGCAUCUUCUUGUGGAUCAGAUGAAAAAUCACAGAACUCACUCUAUAUUUCAGUUAGAAAGGAUCUUAUUGUUACAGUACAUCACUUGUUGGACAUUGAGUAUGAGGUUGUGGGGGAUGAUUUAGAGAGCUUAUGGGCCAUGGUUUUCUCCUCUACGGCAUGCUGCUAUAGCUCAAUGGAUGUGGAGGGUCAACCAUUACUGUUCUCAGAGAUACUUCGCCUAGGGUGCAAGCUGAUUGAUCUUUAUAGUGAACUUCGGCAGGUGGAUUCUUCUAUAUCUUCACUUUGUAGAGCACUGAGGCAUUCGUCGUCACUCGUCGGAGACAGUGAAGCAUAUACUCAAUUUGCCUCCUAUUCAAAUGCAUUGAGCAUGUUAUUAUGCUCUUCAAAAUUUAGGCUCUCUCUCGGCAAUGCUAUUAAGGCAAUACCAGAAGGGCAAGCAUCUGGAUGCAUUAAGCAAUUAAGUUCAGAUAUUAUGGAAUCUCUAGACUGGAUAAAAUGUGGGCAUCAGCUGAAAACUGAAAAAUCAAAUAAAUGCGACUCACUGCAGUUUCGUUUGCGAGCAGAACUCUUGGGGAAGGUGUUGUCUGAAGUAUAUAUUAUCAUUCUGGAUUCAAUAACAGUCACUUCUGGUAAUAGUUAUCUUCUUGGUGUUUCCUUGACGAAUUUGCUAGAAAUUAUACGCCCUGGUUUAAGUAACCUGGUUUCAUCACAAGAAAUCUGUGUUUUGGUUGAUGGAGUAAGUUUGAGUAAGAGUACUGGAUGUGACAAUGUGUCUAUAUGCUGGAUCUUGGUGGUCUUUUUUCGUUUAAUAUUGUCCUACAGGAGCUUAUUUAGGCAAACAAUCAGACUUGUGGCUCCUCGUGAAUCAGAAAAGAUGUCUCUAGUAAUGAGUGAUUCAUUAACCAUUCGUCCUGCAAGUGAUUGGUUGGAGAUGGCUGGUUCUUUUGGAAAAGACCUCUUGUCCUCGAUUAUUCAACCUCCGGCAACUGUUCUUGAUGUUAUACAUUCUGUUUUAGAUAUUUGUACUCAAGAUUCUGUUGUACUUUGCCCACCAUUGGUGUGGGUAUUAAAUGCUGUGGCUCUUCAGAGACUUGUUGAGUUAAACUUAUUGAUACGGUCUUCUGAGUACAAGCUUCAGUGGAAAGAUGCUGAUGAUUCUUCAUGUAGAAAAUGGGAAAAGCGUGUUACGAGAAUGAGAAACGAAGCUGUUGGUCUUACAAAAUUCAUGAUGGAGUCCCUUUCGUCAAUUUACAAGGACCAGAUAUUUGCUCCGUCAUUUGGUGGUGGAAUAGACAAGAGUUUUUCUGUAGGGUCCUUGGAGGAGAAGUCGUUGGCAUAUGCAUUAUGGUGGACCAAUUGCCAACAUGUUGAUAUUUGGUGCUCACAUGCUGCCAAAAAGGACUUGAAGAAAUUUUUGACUCUUGUUAUUCAGGCUUCCAUUUCGUAUAUAAAUGAGGAUAAUUGCCACUCUACAACGAACAAGCCCAUUUAUCUGGAGAAAGUAACUGCCUAUCAGAUUGCGUUGGAGUUUUUGAGCAACACCAUAUCAUAUGAACAAAGAUUUGUUUGCAGAUAUAUGGCAUCAAGCUUCUGCAAGAUUUUGCAGAUGUCAGUGUCAUCUAUAUUUGCUACUUCUGGAGUUGAUUUGAGUGAGUCGCCUGAUUGGAUCAAGGUUUUAUCUGAAGUUGAAAAACCAUCUGAUGUGCAAAUUGGUGGUUUUCCGUGGAGGAAACCAGAUAUGGUGCCUGCUGAGAAUGGCAACGAGCAAAUUAAUGUCGAGUUUGCAAAAUGUCAACGUUUGCUCACUCUUCUAGUGCAAAUGCCAGAAGAAUAUUUGAGUUUGGAAUCAUCAUCACUGUAUAUCACCUAUAUUCUCAACCUUGAAAGGCUUUUAGUUAGCAGCUUAUUAGAAUGGCGCCGUGAAUCAUGCUCUCACAAUCCGUAUCAGAUCUUUCGAUUAUUGGUGACCUGUCGGAAGGUUCUUCCUACUUUAGCUUUAGCGUCUGGAAAAGUAAAUGUGAGUGGGAGUUUAAAAUGCUCACUGCCUCUGCCAUGGCUUCUAAAAUCACUGUCAGCUGUAAUCGGAGUUCAAAAUACAUUUCCAGAAGAUAAUGCUUUUGAAGCUAAAGUUGCUAUAUUUUCAAUGUUGCAUUACACAUCUUACGCGUGGCUGUUAGCAAGUAAAGAUCAAUUUCAUCAUGAAAUUGGCUCUAUUCUCUCUGAUAGGAAGCUUCGUCGAAAAAGAAAAAACCUAAAACCUGGAACCGUAGAGCCUGACAUAUCCGAAUGCAAUCUUCAAAGUGUCUUACAAUUAACUGACACAUUAGACGAAAACAUGCACAAGUCUCUCACCACUUUCAAGGACGAGUUUCUUCACAAGGGAUGUCAAGAUUUGAAUAAAUUAUCGUCCACAAUUGCUUGUUUCCAGGGACUAUUGUGGGGCCUGGCCUCUACAUUGGACAAUAAGAGUUUCAGAAUGAAGUUGAGCAACAAUACCAAAAUGAUGACCAGAAUUAAUUCCUCUGUACAUUCAUGCAUGAAUUUUAUAAGUUUUCUUAUAAAAGCAUCGUUUCUUGAGGAUCAGCCGUCAGGGAAAAUGGUAUCGUCUGGUACGAAGGAUGUUCUUAUGAAACGCAAUCUUGAGGAGCAAUCCUGCCCUGCAAUUUCAGACCUUGAAGCUUUCCUAUCUCAGGUUCAACAUCAGAAACUUUGUUUGAAAAAAUCCCUGUUAAUGCAAAUUUUCAGAGGCGAGAAUGCCGAGGCAAGUUUCUUUCUCGGUCAGCUGUUUAUGGCUUGUUCAGUUGUUGUCAGGUUGAACAUGCAGAUUGACCUGACUUCUAUACCGUGGAGCUUAUUUGCAAUCGUGGUAGAUAUUGCUCAAUUUCUGCUUUUGGAAUUUUCAAGAAGUGAGGAAAUGCCGCAUCAAUUUGCUUUCUUUUGGUUAGAUGGUGCUGUAAAAUUUCUGGAAGAGCUAGGUAGUUACUUUCCACGUUUUGAUCCUUCAUUGUCCCGAGACUUUUAUUCCAAGAUGACUGGCUUACACUUGAAGGUCAUCGGAAAAUGCAUCUCUUUGCAAAAAAAGGAAGCAAAGUUAGAUAAUCAGGGAAAGUCUUGUAUUUCUUUGGAAACAAAUCGAUUAGACGAGUUCAAGGAAAGAUUGAGGAUUUCGUUUAGAAAGUACAUGGAGAAGAAGUCAUCUGAGUUGCACUUACUAUCUGUUAUUGUGGCUGUUGAGAGAGCUUUAGUUGGUGAACAGAAAGGCGUGAUGGCAAAUUACGAAAUAGUUUGUGGAAGUUCAAAUGGAGGAGAGGUCUCCUCUUUUGUUGCUGGUGGUAUUGAUUGCUUGGACUCAAUUCUUGAACUUUUAUUAACCGGGUCUAAACAUUUAGAAGGUACAAUCAAAGAACACAUACAGAGCCUAGUCGCUUGUCUCUUCAAUGUCAUCCUGCAUUUGCAGGGUCCCACUAUCUUCUACGAUUACGUUGAAUCAAUCAAGGCUUACGAGAGACCUAAUUCUGGUUCAGUUGUUCUCAUGUGUGUUGAAAUUCUUACAAAAAUUUCUCGGAACCCCUUUUUCUUCAAGAAAGGUGCUUGCCACAUGAUGCAGUGCCUACGUGUACCUGGUGCACUCUUUCAGUACUUACUCCAGCUACAAAUAGUUAACAUUUCAUCUGAUAUCGGAACAAGCAAAUGUGCCUUUGAUCGAAAGUUUUCAGUAGAGCUAUAUGCUAUAUCUUGCCGUAUGUUAUGUACUGCUAUUAAAAAUCACGGAAGUGAGACUCGCGAUUGCAUAGCUCUUCUAGAAGAUUCAGUGAGUGUUCUUCUUCAUUGCUUAGAGACUGUAAAUGUCCACCACGUUGAUGGAAGAGAGUCUUUUUCAUGGGAAGUACAAGAGGCAGUAAAAUGUGCCAGUUGUCUACGAAGAGUGUAUGAAGAGGUACGGCAGCAGAAAGAUUUAUUUAAGGAACAUUCUUUCAAGUUCUUGUCUCGCUACAUAUGGGUUUACUGUGGAUUUGGUCCAGCUGGAAAUGGCCUUAUAAGGGAAGUAGAUGAAGCUUUGAAGCCUGGUGUGUACGCUCUGUUGGACAUGUGCUCAGCUGAUAAUGAGCUUCAAAAUCUGCAUACUGUAUUCGGAGAGGGUCCGUGCAGAAGUACUCUGGCAGCUCUGCGGAAUGAUUACGAGAAUAAUUUCCAAUAUACCGGGAAAGUCUGAUUUCACUCUCUUUGGUACCUGUGCCAAGUUUUGUUCUUCCAACGUGUAACAAGUCGACAAUUUAUUAUAAGGUAAUAUAUAUGUUGUGAUAAAAGCGGCAAUACGGAAGUCCCAUGAAUGGGUUUGAGGUCUAAUUUUUGAAAAUUUUGUUUCAGUUAUCUUUUAAUUUAAUAUAAUUUUUUGGCCUUAUUUUUUCAGA